CCACAGGCGCUGCCCCAGAAUGUUGUUUUUUAUCCAGAUGAAAAUAAUUCUCAGAAAUAAAACAUCUAUUGAAUCAUGGAUCAAAGAGAAGGCUAAAGAUCGAAUUCAAUAUUAUCAACUAGAUGAAGUCUUUGUUUUCCCCUAUGAUAUGGGAAGUCAAUGGAAGAACUUUAAACAGGUAUUUACGUGGUCAGGGGUUCCUGAAGGAGACGGGCUGGAAUGGCCCAUAAAAGAAGGCUGUCACCAGUACAGCUUAACAAUAGAACAGUUGAAACAAAAAGCAGAUAAAAGAGUCAGAAGUGUUCACUAUAAAGUAAUAGAACAUUAUAGUGGUGCUUGCUGUCCUUUGAAUAAAGGAAUCAAAACCUUCUUCACAAGCACUGAAGAGCCUCAAAUACAGCUACAAAAGGGGGAGUUCAUUUUAGCCCCAAGAGGCUUACGAUACUGGUUGUAUGAAGACAAAAUUCUUGAGGAUUCCUUUAUAGAAGGUGUUUCGAGAAUAAGAGGAUGGUUCCCUAGGAAAUGUGUGGAAAAGUGCCCCUGUGAUGCUGAAAAGUGCCUCCCUGAGGACGAGAAGAAAAAUAGCCACUAUGAAAAUCAAAUUAUUCUUUAA